AUGGCUCCCAAAAAGAACGACAAGGCGAAUGCGCCGAAAAAGUCUGCGAAGUCGGUCGAGGACCGAACCUUCGGCAUGAAGAAUAAGAAGGGUGGCGCUGCCCAGAGGGAGAUUUCUCGAAUGGCAGCAAACCUCAAGAACAGUGGCCCCGCGGACGAGAAGAAGAAGGCCGCGGAGAGAGAGGCUAGAGAGAAGGAGAAGAAGGCUGACGAGGAAGCCCGCAGACAGACGGAGGCAAUGUUGAACAAGCCUGCCCAGAUUCAGAAGGUGCCUUUUGGUGUCGACCCCAAGACCGUGGUCUGCAACUUUUUCAGGAAGGGGAACUGCGAGAAGGGCAAGAAGUGCAAGUUCGCGCACGACUUGGCUGUCGAGCGCAAGACAGAGAAGAAGAACCUGUACAACGAUACCCGAAAAGAAGACGAAGAGCAAAAGAAGGUAGAAACGUCAGCGGACUGGGACGAGGAACAGCUUCGAAAGGUCGUCUUGUCCAAGAAGGGCAAUCAACGCACCAGUACGGAAAAGGUUUGCAAGUUCUUUAUCGAAGCCAUCGAGGAUGGCAAGUAUGGUUGGUUCUGGAUCUGCCCGAACGGAGGAGACAAGUGCAUGUACAAGCACGCCCUGCCACCUGGUUUCGUUCUGAAGACAAAGGAGCAGCGAGCCGCCGAGAAGGCUCUUAUGGAUAAGUCGCCACUUAAGACGUUGACGCUUGAGGACUUCUUGGAAUCAGAGCGACACAAGCUUACGGGCACUCUGACGCCUGUGACGCCGGAAUCAUUCGAGAAGUGGAAGAAGGAGCGUCUCAGUAAGAAGGCUGCCGAAGAACAGGCACGCAAGGCCAAGGAUAACACUGGUCGUGCUCUGUUUGAGAGUGGCAAGUGGAAGGAUGAGGACGACUCUGACACUGAAGAUGAUGGCGACGAUAUGUGGAACUUGACGAAGCUCAGAAAGGAGACGGAGGCUCUGCGAGAACGAAAGGAGGAGGAGCGGUUACUGGAGAUGAACGGUGGUGCGGUUUCGGUUGGGGUUCCAGGCACGCCGGCCGAGACACCGGCCGAGAGCUCGGAAUCGGCAGCAUCUGGAUCUUGA